UGCGCGCGACGGUUCACUUGAAGUGAGGAGCGAGUGCAAGGGGUUGGAAGAGGGGGUGGUCGGGGCCUCUUCGCGCAUCUUACGCGUAUUCCCGUACGGAAAAUGGCUGCCAGCUGUCACUCGGUAUCGAAGUGCGGCUUGUGAAGAGACACGACGUGAAUCCGGCGCAGGGCGGUUUUCCGGGCGCGCAAGCACGCCGCGAGAGCGCGAUGAAAUUACAUAACAACGUGCGGCUCGCUGGUUGAGUUCGACGGGAUCGCGGAGAGCGCGUGAGAGAAAGAGAGGGAAACGGUGAGAGGCGCGGGAGAGUACAAGUGCGCGGCGACAGGGCCCCCACGGUGUUGCUUCCACGGUGCUAUGAGAGUCUGGCCCGCUCGGCUGUUUACAGUUUUUAUUUUUUGCCAAGCGCGCGACGUCGACUAGUGCGUGUCUACGCCCGGCGCUGCGCCUGGAAAGGGAGACGAUUCCUCUCCACGAUUCGCUCGCCCGUGAACGGUCGACCGGAUCAGGCUCGCGACCGUGCGCCGAUAUUCCGAUAUUCCUACUCCGCUUGUGCUGCCGUAAUACAGGACUCCCCCGGGAGAUUCCUCCCAACCGACACUUACAACCCCGAGGACGCGCACAGUCAAGAGAAGCAGCAUGGGUUCCAGUCAACAAUUCUCUCUUAGGUGGAAUAAUUAUCUGAAACAUAUUACUUGUGCUUUUGACACAUUAAGGACAGAUGAAGAUCUCGUAGAUGUCACUCUAAGCUGCGAAGGCAAGAGGAUCAGGGCACAUAAGAUGCUUCUAUCAGCAUGUAGUACAUAUUUUAGAGAUUUAUUUAAGGAAAAUCCAUGCCAGCAUCCUGUCAUAAUAUUUCGUAAUGUAAAAUUCGACGACCUGGCUGCUUUGGUAGACUUUAUGUACCAAGGUGAAGUGAACGUCGUUCAAGAACAAUUAGCAAGUUUUCUUACAACAGCAGAACUAUUGGCAGUACAGGGUUUGACAGAUGGUACAGGAAAGGACAACGACAGUUUAGUGGAUGACAUAGAAAUCCCAAACGAGCCUGAGGUGCAGCUGCAAAAUACUUCCGGAAAAUCAUCAGGAGAAAACAAGAGGAACAAAUCGCCCUCUUCCCCGAUCCCGUUUCACUCCGUCGAAUUGCAGCCUGAAGUACAUCCCAAUAAGAGGAGAAAAACGCGCGACAGCACGAAUGCGAGCGUGGAGAAGAAUUCAGCGGGCAACAACGUGUCAGGGAAGGAUGCCGACGGCAAGAUGUCGGAUAGUCAAAACAGACCGGGCUCCGACCCGGUCGAAAUAAUCCCCCUCAUGCCGAAUUUGAAGCUGGAGAUGCCAGAAUACUUGGAACAGGAUGGCAGCAGUUGUAGUUACGAGGAUCAGAGUUUGGGCGACAACACAUUAAAUAAAAACACCAUAGAUGACACAUCGUCGACGCCUGAUCACGAGCAGAAGCUCGAUAUCAGUCAGACAUUUUAUUCGAGUCAAUCAACAUCGGACGGUUUGGAUGGCAAACACCAGUCGUCAGAUGUCGGUAUGUCUUGUCUUCUAGGACACCUGCUUUCCAAACCAAGCACUUCGGGAGAGAGGUUAGCACCGGAAAUAGUACAGGGGGGGGUGGGACGCAAUCGGAAGCACGUUGGCGAUACAACCGGUCAGGCGUUGAUGCAAGGGCCGGGGCGUUUUCCGUGCCGAAUCUGCGGAAACGUUUACAGGCACCUCGCUUCGCUGACCCAGCACCUCGAAGUGCAUCGCAACCAGACGACCUGCAUCCUCUGCCACACCACUCUCAGUCGUAGAACCGAUCUGCGCCGUCACAUGCGCCUGAAACACCAAAUGCAUUGGCCGAAAACGCACAGGCAGCGCAGCCCGAAAAGCGAAUUGGACUCGUAGAGAGCGUCGUCCGCGUGUCUACCGCGAUAUAUGAUAUAAUGAUAUACAUUGACGAUCGCAACACUAUCAUUAAAUGGUCGAACGACACCGCCGCCGCCGCGAAGGCGUGUUUCGCGGUGCGUUCAUUGCACGAGAGUUCAUCGUUUUAUAGGAUCGAUCGCGGCCAGACGGCUCGUCACCUUAAUUAUGCUACCUUUCGGAUCUCUCUUCCACAUUGCGCAUUCGAAUAAUUUAGUUGAACAAUUUAUUCGCAAACGAUUAAAUUCUGUCUCGUCGACAAGAAAAUAUUCUACACUUAAACGUUAUCGAUUAUUUUACCGCUGUAAAUGAAAAUUUAUAUUUUCUAGUUUUAAAUUGAAGAAAGAAGAGUACAUCGUGGCUUCAUUGCAUGUAUUGCAUUACAUUUCGUAGAAAUGAACAGAGUUUUGGAGUUGUUCGGCUUAAAAACGGCGUUAAGGUGACGAUCGCCUGCGUAAUCGCCGUUUUCGAAAAAAAAAAGAAAGAAAAAGGAAAAAAAGAAAGAAGAUAUACGAAGAUCUGGAGGACGAAAAUCUCUCUCGCGAAGGAAAAGUUUUCUCUACGCGCCUCUUUGCUUGCUGAUUUUUACUUCGCGAUGCGUGCGAGCGAAUACGUUCACGUUCGGAGGAUGCGCUUUUCUCGAGAGGCGCAUUGAUCUUUAUAAUUUGGAGGCAUCACAUCACACGAGUUUCGCCGUUGUUUGCUGAAAAUAAACGUGCUGCCACCAUGAGACGAUGUAGGGAAAGUAAGUCCGUAGUCGGGCUCUCGCGCGACUGAUUGAAAGCAACGUAAAACGUUGAUUUUGCACUUCACCACCCUCUUCCUCCGAAACGAGUGAAGUAUCGAAGCAGCGUUUACAUUUUUUUCUUUCUAUUUUCUUUUUUUAUAAUUUUACAUCGUUUAACUGAGAAAACGUUGGCUGUUGUUACGCGAGCGAAUUAAUUUUUAACGAGGAAAGAGUGACGAUGUGUGUGGUUGCCUGAACGUGGGUGUAUUUUGAUUUUAGUCGAAUCUAUCUAAGUCCGGCUAAAAUAUGCAAAAUGAAUUUCUCUACUGCGGUAUUAAAGCAUUAUUAUUAUAAAUAUUUAUAUAUUAUAAUCGUGCGAAAGAAUUAUAUAUCUUCGUUGAUAACGCAUUUAGACAUUUCGCGAUCCACAGAAUCGUCGGCGGUUCGCAAGCUCGUUACACCUAACAAGUAUAAUAGCGCUGGGUGAAGAAGAUCGAAUGAAGAGAGAAGAGAAAACAAAAUUCCGAAUCCGUGUCCUGCGCAGAAAACGAUACAAAAUAGCGAGACCAAAGGCGAGAAUGAGAGACGUACAAGCGACUAAUUUUUGCGAUUUUAACAAAGACAGUCGACGAGGAUGGCUACCAUUUAUAUUUGUAAUGACUCUGAGUGAACGACGUGAUAAGCGCGUUUUGUGAUUUAUUCGGCCUCGUUCGAAAUCAACCGAUCCUUUUCACCCACUGCGCUGCUUGUACAGGGUAUACCCGAUUCGAGCGACGAUAUUUCGCGGUCGAAUAUUCAAACGAGGCCUCGUGACCUCGUUGCUCUCUCGAAGAGCCGGAGACAUUGCUGUGCGUAUCUCGGGUGCAACCUGUAUGAAACGACUCGCUGGAAGGUAGUGGAUAGUUGCGUUUCGAUUGAUUGAUUUCGCGCGAUCGGGGCGGAGAUGCCUCGCGUUUUCUUUCGGCUCGGUAUGAGGAAGAAGAGAAAAAGUCAUACCGACGCCGCAUUUAGAGAUGCGUUUACGCGGGAAUUGAUGUGUCUAGCUUUGCUGUACGCGCGUAUUUAUCUUCGCUAAGUGUGUUUCCACGCAGUUGGCGAUUGUGUUAACGUUAGCGGAUCGCGAGUUUGCGCGCUUUAGGCGCGCCGGUGAGGCGAAUUCAGUGAGAUACGUGUUUAAGGAUCCGCGUUUCGUAUACGUCACACAAUAAGAUAGAGGGAGACGAACACACAGGAGGGGCGGCUCUCGCCGAUCCGGGGCCACUGCGGAAUCCUCCUGGGAGCAGCGAACACGCAAAACACGAGGACUCGGUGUCCGAGCCGGCGAUUUCAUACGCGAGAGAAAAUAUGUGCUGGAUGUUAACGACAAUGCGAACGCAACGAGUAAAACAACACGGAAGAUGAUUCUUGCGAAAGGGAAACUGAUUGAAGUUUUUCCUGAGAAGUUUUACCGCAGUUUGCGGAGAAUUAGAAGAUACUUGUAGAAGGAUCUCGCGUACACUGGGUCCUCGCGUUUGCUGUAAGGACCUCUCGGUAAAAGCGGGAGGGCUCGUAUUUCCGUGCGGAAUUCCGGCCGGUCGCCUCUCGGGACAAAUGAAUCGGCGGUCUUGAAGGAUUCUAGUCAUUACAGUACGGGACAUUAGACUAUCUAUCGAGAUCUCUAUCGCUCGUUCACACAGGACUAACGGGUCGAAGUUAUUUUUUUAUGCUCCUCGACGCAACCCCGGGGGCUCCGCAACGUAAUCCUCUCUCCGCAGCCACCCCCUUCCCCGCCCCCGACACUGUUACACGGACACUGUUUACACGUUUCGUAUGCCAUGUGCCGAGGUUUCUUUGCGAACGACUCUUGGGCUCGGUGUACACCUCGAAGGCUCUUCGGCUCCGUUUGUUCAACGAGGUGUGAUACUCGUUAAUUUCCUCCUCAUUUCUCAUCAUCUCGAUGUACUUGAAGUAAUUUCAUAGAAAGUCACUUUGUCGCGAUACAUCUUGAGUAGUCUCCACUGAGAGACGAAUUCUAUCGAGAGAACGGAGUGGAAAGGCAGAUAAUGCGAAGUGGCUUUUCAUCGCGGAUAUAGGAUACAUCGUCAGUUUUGUGUGUGUGCGUGUGUGUACGUAGAAACUCAAUAUAUUUUCUCAGGAACUCAUUGCAGGAACACUGUUAUUAUACUCGCGUAAUAACCACGAGUCUGUCUCGUGGAUAACGAGGCUUCCAUGUGUACAUCGGGCCUUAGCUUCAUGCUGUCGAGACAGCGCAUAGACAGUGCCUUACACACGAAUACCUGGUUUUACAUUUUAUGCAUUAACUUCUCCAGAUGUUUACCAUAGACAAGAAUAUAUCUAGCGAUGCGGUGCAUCGAUAUAGUAGCCGUUACUUUUGUUACCGGCUUCGUGUAAACAUUGUCUCUGUACGAGAGCGCGAAAGCAGCGUUUCCCGAUGACGAGAAGUUGCGCGCGCGCAUUUUUCUUCUUGCGAUGAAAAGAAAAGGGGACUUUUCUUAAUUUACCGAUAGAAGGAGAUAACGACAGAAAAAAUCUAUACGAUUUGAAUAAUAUAUUUUUUUUUUGUUAUAAUGAUCGUUUAUUCUCGCGCAUUUUUAUAUUUAGUUUCAAAUAUAUUAAAAAUCGAGUUCUGAGAAGUUGCAAACAUUUUCUUCGUAUAUACGGAAGUUCUUGUGAUCUUCGAAAUCGCAAUGAACGUCCUAUUUAGUUAUUAUUUUUAAGCUGUGUGUGUAUAUAUAUAUAUAUAUAUAUAUAUACACACACACACAUACACACAUACAGAGUGCCCCAAAAGCAUAGUACAAUAUUUUAAUAACAUAUUCUCUGGAGCUUAUAUAUAAUUAAAGUCCAAAAUCUUAAUGCAAGAAUGUCGAGACAUCGAUUCUUUGGGACACCCUGUGUAUACAUGUACUCACGCGUAUUGUAUUCAUUUUUUAAUUCAGUAUAGUAAUUCUUGGUGUUCAAUGUGAUUGUCUAAUUGUUCAGAGAAGCGCUGGUUUCGUGCAUUCGCGAACUCUGCGUCAGAUGUAUCCAAAGACAGAUCUGAAUAUAAAGCGUCACGCGGACGCGUACCGUUGUUGUUGUUAUUAAAUAAGUAAUCUGCAUACACGGGAGCGAUUUCGCAAGCGGGGAUACCUUAUUUUAGCGAGCGCAUUCAAGUAUUAUGCAACAAGUAGUACAAUAACUGAGCAAGGCGCAUGUAUGUACGCACGCGUGUGUGACGCGUGCUUGCACGCGUGCGUCUGCAUUUCGUUUCGUUUUCGAGAGUGACAUCGCACCUGUGCACCUGAGUAUUUACACGUAGGUAUUAUAAGUGAAUCCGUAAUCAUAGUUGUUGAUCGUAGCACGAGGAGCCGUCAUCGUGUCCAAAAAACCGCAUUUAACCCAUUAAUUGCCGUUCGGAGAAUUGACCGCGCCGCGAAGAAAGGAAAGACGGAGAGGGAGACGCGCGUCGCGAUUAAUUGUGCUUUCCAUGUCCCGAUGACGUCGAGAUGACACGUAGUGCUGCAACUCAACUCGGCACUUAACGGGUUAAUGCAACGCGGAGAAGCGUACGAGAAUAUAUUUAUGUGGCUGCGUAUGUAGCUGCUUCGACAGAUCAGGGAUUCUCGGACUUCGCGAUACUCGAGCGCUUCGAAGUCGAAUUCGCAGAGCUGUCACCGUGCGAGGAGACGUGGAGAACGAGGAGAUAAGA